AUGAUCGUGCUGAUGUGGAAUAAGUGCUCCUGCUGUCUCCUCUUACUAGCCGCGGUCCUGAUCGUGGAGAGCUCCCAGCUAGACAGCUCCAGCUCCAAGGUGAACUCCAUCAAGUCCACCCUGAUGGGGGAGGCUCCAACUCAGGCAACCAACAGAUCUGCAGCCAUCCACCAGGGACUAACGCUUGUUAGCAGUAAGAAGGGCAAAAUGCUAGAACAGAUGGGAAAACCUCCAAAGCACUAUCACCGGCAAGGAGAGGCCUAUCCUUGCACCAACGACAAAGAGUGUGAAGUUGGGCGAUACUGUCACAGUCCUCAUCAAGCAGCAUCUGCGUGCAUGAUAUGCAGGAGGAAGAAGAAGCGGUGCCACAGAGAUGGCAUGUGCUGCCCUGGGAGUCGCUGCAACAACGGUAUUUGCAUACCGGUAACUGAAAGCAUCCUUACGCCUCACAUCCCUGCUCUAGAAGGGCCACGCAACAAGAAGAAUGGUCAUUACAGCAGCAAGGAUUUGGGAUGGCAAAAUUUAGGGAGGCCACAGUCCAAGCUGCCGCACAUAAAAGGACAUGAAGGAGACCCCUGCCUACGGUCAUCAGAUUGUAUUGAGGGACACUGCUGUGCUCGCCAUUUCUGGACCAAAAUUUGCAAGCCUGUAUUGCAUCAGGGAGAGGUAUGCACCAAACAGCGCAAGAAAGGCUCCCAUGGACUGGAGAUUUUCCAACGAUGUGACUGUGCUAAAGGGCUGUCUUGCAAAGUAUGGAAGGAUGCAACCUCCUCUUCUAAAUCAAGACUUCACGUGUGUCAAAAAAUCUGAAUGAGGAUUGGGAAGAUGUUAUUAAGCGACUGUGGUUUUAUGUGUUUAAGGCAUUACAGCAUGGUGGGAAACGAGGACUGCAAAUUAAAACAAUGCUAAAGUAACAAUUAGGUAGGAGUAGAAGUCACAACAAAUGCAUUUCCUUUUGAGCCUGUGGUAAACACAAGUGCAGCUGAAGUUUUCCCAUUAUGUAGCUCUUCUGUAAAUAAUGUCAGCAGUUUGUGGGAAAUGCUAGUAUGCAAACAGGUACCAUGGAAAUUGGUGCCACUCACCUUGCCAUAUUGUCCCAUGAUGUUUCAGGGGUUUAGCGUUAGGGCUACAGUGGGUUUCCAGCAUGGUAAUGACUGCACAAUAAAUUGUAUACAUUGCUAUGUUGUACUCCCAAAUGAAACAGUGCUUGCCAGGAAGACUUGUCUGUCAACACAUUAUUGGUUACUAAAAUAUUACACGUUUCAGGUGUGAGAGAUGGAAAUAAAGCUACUGUGAAUGUCCACACACCCUUGUUAUUCAGGGCUGACGCUUCAGUAAGAGAACAUUCCUGCAGGACAAGAGUGCUAAAUUUUGCAGGCCCUCAUGGAAGAGGUGAAAAGUUGCCAUCUCCUGAUUUCAAGAGAGCAGUUUCUCUAAUCAAUCAGAAGCAUUUAAACAGGGUUUUGUCUCCUAUAUAUAUAUGGGUAAACUGAAAUGCUUUAUGUAGUUCAAUGUCAUAGUAUGACACUUACUUAAUCGCUUGUAUUUGUCUUGGUUUACUGCUAGCAUACAUUGGCUUGAACAGAUGAAGCAAAUACAUGCAUGCUGAAUCCAGAAUUAUAUACAGGCUCAUUAGUCCUAAAUAUACUUUCUUUGUCAAAACAUACUUGCAUUAUAGAUAUUUCCAAAAGAGAGAGUGGAGUGCUGAAGAAGUACUUGAAGAGCUAUAAAGUGGUACCACCGUUGCUCUUAUAACAGGUGAUGUAGGCACCCGUUGGGGGGCUUAGACUGUAUUGCUACGAACGCAAAAGUUUUACCUUCUAAUAGUAGCCAUGGGCUAGCAUUCGUUGACAGUGCUAAAUAUGAUUGCACUUCACAGAAGCAUAAAUGGAUUUGUCCUGUACAGGAAGCAAAGAAAGAGGCGUUGGCUCUUGUGAGCACCACCUCUCCUGCAGAAAUGUGUGCAAGAAGGUGGUGCAACCACAAACAACGUGGUGUAAACAUCCUGUGAUGUCGCAGUGUACCAGCCUCCCGCAUGUAUUCAGCCUGAACUUGAUCUCUUCUCAGACUGGGCAAUUCUGCCAGGAAUUAUGGAGUUACAGUGACUGCGAAACAGCUAACGAAUCUACAUCAUUCAUGUACUGAUUUAAGAAAAAAAAAAGAAAAAAGAGAAAAAGGGACAGUUUCCAUCCUUUGACUUCUCACACAGGUCUUUCUUUUAUAAUUUUUUUCACUUUACAUAUUUGCAAAUAUUCCUUUGUAUAGACAUUGGUAAAAAGAUUGAUAUUUCUUUAAAGAAGUCUGAUUCUAUAGCUGGCCUCCUGCUAAGCUGUAAUUACCCAUUUAUAAUUACCCAUUUUCAUAUUUUGUAAUACAAGAGACUUUUCUGUUUAAUCAGUUCUGAGUAAGCUGAGUACAGCCGUAUGUAGUUUAAAGGCCAUAUCACUCAUACCUAAGACACCUUUUCCUACUGAUAAUACAUGUCUCCCAUCAACCAUAUGGUUGUUUAAAACCGUAAGUUAUAUAUACCAGCUGACUCAGAUUUCCUAAGUACAAUGCAGACCUGAGCUAUACUGGCUUUACCUUUUGUGAGUGUCUAAACAAGAGAAAUUCAUAAGCUUUUUUUCCCUGUUGGAGUUAGUUUUUACUGUUUUAAAGGGACUGCUCAGACAGGGUCCUGUGUUCCUUCUUUAAUGGUCUCAGUCAGACCUUAAUCUCACAGUCCUAUCAGUGCAACUCUGGUUAUUUCUGAGGAGCUUUUCCUGCUUAACUCGAGCAAGAAUAAGGCUCAGAAAUGGCAUAACUGAAGAUUCUUAAAUAAUAAUAAUUAAAAAAAAAAAGCACACACAGGAGUCAAUUCUGCAAGUGCUAUUACUUACAUUGACAGAGCACGUACUCAGCAGAGGAGCCUUCAUCGUGACUCUGUGUGCAAGUAAAUGAUACCCAGCGUGAGCAGGCUGGGGAGGGGAAGGGGAGACAGAAAUGGGCUCUCUGCAAUUUUUAUCUCUUCCUAGCCUCAACCUACCUGCCUCUUCCUCUCACAGAGCUUAGUUAUUUGGGAUAAUUUAUUUACAGGAAAUGUUUAACAAGAUGUAUUUUCUUAUAGAGAUGUUAUUUCUUACAAAAAGCUUUGUAGCAGAAUAUAUUUGCAGCCUGUUGACUUUAAUGUAGAAAAAUGUAUAAUAAGAUUAACUAUAUUAAAUGUCCUUUCCUAUUCCUCCUUAAAUAUUUUACCCAUAUUUCUUACCUGCUACUUAGAAGUAAGUUUUUCCUGGAAGGAUAUGCACAUAUAUGGAAAGAAAAAAAAAUACUUUAGCUGUACAAGAAAAAGCAUAUGAUCCUACUUACU